CGGCGGCGGCGGCGCGGCGCGGCGCGGCGCAGGGCAGGGCAGGGCGCGGGGCGGCAUGGCCACCACCGCGCAGUACCUGCCGCGGGGCCCCGGCGGCGGAGCCGGGGGCACCGGGCCGCUCAUGCAUCCGGACGCCGCGGCGGCAGCGGCGGCGGCGGCGGCCGCCGAGCGGCUGCACGCGGGGGCCGCGUACCGCGAAGUGCAGAAGCUGAUGCACCACGAGUGGCUGGGCGCGGGCGCGGGCCACCCCGUGGGCCUAGCGCACCCCCAGUGGCUGCCCGCGGGAGGAGGCGGCGGCGGCGACUGGGCCGGCGGCCCGCACCUGGAACACGGCAAGGCGGGCGGCGGCGGCACCGGCAGAGCAGACGACGGCGGCGGCAGCGGCGGCGGCGGCGGAGGAGGAGGUUUCCACGCGCGCCUGGUGCACCAGGGGGCGGCCCACGCGGGCGCGGCAUGGGCGCAGGGCGGCACGGCGCACCACUUGGGUCCGGCCAUGUCGCCUUCGCCCGGGGCCGGCGGGGGCCACCAGCCCCAGCCUCUCGGGCUGUACGCGCAGGCGGCCUACCCAGGGGGCGGCGGCGGCGGCCUGGCCGGGAUGCUGGCGGCGGGCGGCGGCGGCGCGGGGCCGGGCCUGCACCACGCGCUGCACGAGGACGGCCACGAGGCGCAGCUGGAGCCGUCGCCGCCGCCGCACCUGGGCGCCCACGGACACGCACACGGACACGCACACGCGGGCAGCCUGCACGCGGCGGCCGCGGCAGCGGCGGCGGCGCACCUGCACCCGGGCGCGGGCGGCGGCGGCUCGUCGGUGGGCGAGCACUCGGACGAGGAUGCGCCCAGCUCGGACGACCUGGAGCAGUUCGCCAAGCAGUUCAAGCAGCGGCGCAUCAAGCUGGGCUUCACGCAGGCUGACGUGGGGCUGGCGCUGGGUACGCUGUACGGCAACGUGUUCUCGCAGACCACCAUCUGCCGCUUCGAGGCCCUGCAGCUGAGCUUCAAGAACAUGUGCAAGCUCAAGCCGCUGCUCAACAAGUGGCUGGAGGAGACCGACUCGUCCAGCGGCAGCCCCACCAACCUGGACAAGAUCGCGGCGCAGGGCCGCAAGCGCAAGAAGCGCACGUCCAUCGAGGUCGGGGUCAAGGGCGCGCUGGAGAGCCACUUCCUCAAGUGCCCCAAGCCCUCGGCGCACGAGAUCACGGGCCUGGCCGACAGCCUGCAGUUGGAGAAGGAGGUGGUGCGCGUCUGGUUCUGCAACCGGCGGCAGAAGGAGAAGCGCAUGACCCCCGCGGCCGGCGCGGGCCACCCGCCCAUGGACGACGUGUACGCGCCUGGCGAGCUGGGGCCGGGUGGGGGCGGCGCGUCGCCGCCCUCCGCGCCCCCGCCGCCCCCGCCGGCCGCGCUGCACCACCACCACCACCACACACUGCCCGGCUCUGUGCAGUGACCCCGCGGGCUGGGCCCCCCGCCGGCGCGCGGCCCGCCCGCGCUGCCUGGACUCUUGGGGUUUUUUUUGUUGUUGUUGUUAUUCGGUUGCUUUGGAUUUUACAAAAAAGAAAAAAGAAAAAAAAAAAGCCCAGAAACUUUCGAACAAAACCAAACACCCAGACGACCCUCCCCCGGCGAGCGGCGAAGACGGCCAACGGGUUGCGUCGCCCGAGCCCCGCGAGAGAGGAGCGAAGAUGCGGAAAGCGCUCGCGCACCCCGGGCCCCCUGCCCGCCGCCGGCUUCCCGCCCACCCCCGCCCCUGUCCCCUUCGACGACCCCUGCCCCUGCCUCCCCCACCCCCGGGCUGUUCGGGGCCGGAUCCCGGCAGCGGCCUCCCCACAGCGACAGGUAACGCGGUGCGGGGCUAGGGGUUCCCCGGGAAAGAGGACGGGGAGAAGGGAGCUCGCACCCCCUCUUCCCGGCGCGACUCCGUAGCCUGCGGGGCGAGGGUGGGGGCCGUCGCUCUCUGCGCCCCUCCGGGAUGCGCCCCGCCCCCUCCCUUUCUCCGGGCUUGGGUUCUUCUUCUUCUUCUUUUUUUUUUUUAAUGGUUUUUAUUUAUUCGUGGAGCUUCUCGGCUCCAGGGGUCCUAACUCUGCCCGCGCCCUUAAUUUAAAUCGCUGUAUACUGUAUUUAUCGGGGCCCCGGAGGGGAGGCCGCGAGAGCCGCGUCUGUGUAUAAAAGCAGGAAAUAGCCAAAGCUUUAAUCUAGCCUAAUUUAUUCUACCCCUUGUCUUCCCCUCCUUAAGAGAAAAAAAAAAAGAAAGAAAAGAAAAAAAAAAGCAAAUCACACACACACACUACAAAAAAAAAAAAAAAAAAAACUAACAAAAAAAUUCGAGCGUUUGUUUUUCGUUUCGUUGUAUCCGAGUCCCGGCUCGGUUCGUGGCCACGCCGGAGGGGUCUGCGCCCCCACGCGCGCCCAAGGCGAAGGGGCUCCUGCCCGGCUCAGCCCGAACGCCGCGUGCCGGGGCCCCUGCUCCCCGCGGGGCCCGGCCCUCCAGGCCGAGACAAACGAAACUUGGAAAAGUUGGAAGUGUUUUUUUAACCAGCUGUAGGAAUAAGCCGUUCCCCGAGAACCUUCUGCCUGCCUCCCCGCGGCUUCACCGACCGCCCGGCGCGCGCCGGGGCCGGGGAAACCGGGAGGCAGCCGCGGGGAGAACCGUGUAAAUAUGUGAGAUAUGUACACACUGGCGGGGAGAAGAAACAUUUUGUGCUUGGCUUUUAUUUUUGGUUUUCCGGGUUGCCCUCCGUUCCCGUCCUAAAGGAUUUUGUACGCCGACUCAUCUGCGAAAGGUAUUUUAACCUAAGUUCCGAGUUUCUGACCCAUUUCUAUUUAUUUUCUGGAUGUAUUUGGAGCUUCCCCCUUCUCCGUUUCUUCUGUUUGUUACAGUUUGAAUUUAAAUUUUGUUAUUUUUUUCUUUCGGAACAAUGUUUUGCCGCAUCCUCUUUGUAUCUUUAUUGCAAAAAAAAAUAAUAAUGUAGACUGGGAAGUUCCCUUUAUAUUUAUGUUAUAGUAAAUAUUUUAUUACUCACAUAAACAUGUACCCCAG